AUGAGAGGGCUGUUUAAGAUGGAGUGUGUCCUGUGUCCACUGCUCUCAGCUCUGCUUGUGCUGCUGAGUUCUUCUCCAGAGUGUAACGGACAAGACACAGUGAAGCAGGCAGCAGGAGAGGCCCGAGUGAGAGAGGGACACACUCACACACUCAUCUGCAACUUUACAACCACAGCCUCUUGGGCGCGUCUGUUCUGGUACAGACAGAAAGAUGGUGAUUCUCCAAAGUACAUGUUGUUGCGAGACACAAAUGGAAUAGGGCGUAAUUCUCCAGAGUUUGAUGGAUCCAAGUUCGGUGCUGAGGUCGUGGGGAACUCUUUGUCUCUGAAGAUGGAGGCUGUGGAUGUGACUGACUCUGCUGUGUACUACUGUGCUCUGCAGCCCACACUGACAGGAAACACCAACACUCUGAACAAAAACCUCUGCAGCAAAGACAACACAAUAGUGCAGUGUCUCCACAAGGGGGCGACUCUCUCUGUGAGACUCAGAGUCGCAAUAGCUCUGCUUGUGCUGCUGAGUUCUUCUCCAGAGUGUAACGGACAAUACACAGUGAAGCAGGCAGCAGGAGAGGCCCGAGUGAGAGAGGGACACACUCACACACUCACCUGCCACUUUACAACAAGCUUCUCCACAGACUACUACUUGUACUGGUACAGACAGAUAGAUGGUGAUUCUCCAAAGUACAUGAUGCAGCGAACCACGUUUGGAAGCCGGCGUAACUCUCCAGAGUUUGAUGAAUCCAAGUUUGGUGCUGGGCUCGUGAAGAACUCUUUGUCUCUGAAGAUGGAGGCUGUGGAUGUGUUCGAGGGGAACUCUAAUCCCACUGAUGAGGUCCGUUCUCUUCUUCCCAAACCGACUCUGACUCGCUUCGUCCGGAUCAGACCCACGUCCUGGGAACAGGGCAUCUGCCUCCGACUGGAGCUGUACGGCUGCCGGACCACAGAUUUCCCGUGCUCGGUGAUGCUGGGGAUGGUCUCCGGACAGAUCACGGAUUCGCAGAUUUCCGCCUCGUCCUUCGCCGAUCGCGGUUGGGUGGCGGAAAACGCUCGGCUGCUCACAGGACGCUCCGGCUGGACGGGUCAACAAACCAAACAGCCCUUCAGGAACGAGUGGAUCCAGGUUGACCUUCUCCAGGAGAAGCUGCUGACUGGAGUUCUGAUCCAGGGCGGGAAACACCGCGACCGCAACGUCUUCAUGAAGCGCUUCAGACUGAGCCACAGUGUGGACGGACAGGAGUGGGGCGUGGUCAAGGAGGACAACUCCACCAAGCCCAAGAUCUUCAUCGGAAACACAAACCAUGACACUCCGGAGCUGCGGCCCCUGGGUCCGGUCCAAACCCGGUUCCUCAGGAUUUACCCAGAGAAGGCCACAGCGGAGGGGGUGGGGCUGAGGCUGGAGCUGCUGGGCUGUGAGCUGCAGGGGAAGCUCCAGGAAGUGACGCCCACAGUUACCGCCCCCUCCCCAGACGCUUCCCCCUACAAACUCACCACUCCUGAGGCCACGCCCCCCACGAGCCCCGCCCCCACUGAGGUCAGGACCGAAGCUGAGACUGAGGCUGGGACCACGGAGGACUACUACAUCGGGACGGGCGGAGGAACCGCAGUGAUCGACUCUUUUCUCCCCGAUGACGACAUUCCCGCGUACGUGUGGUUUGCCUGUGACUUCGACUUCUCGUCUAUGUGCGGCUGGAGCAGUGAGGGGGGCCAGGGGGCCGAGUGGAGGAUCCAGGAGCCCGGGGCCUCAGAAUUCCGGGGACCAACUCUUGACAGUACAGGUGGCGCCGGUAACUUCCUCUCUCUCUGGUCGUCUGAGGCGGCGGAGGGCGAGCGGCCGGGGGAGAGAGAGGCGCGGCUGGUCAGUCUGCCAGUCAGCUCUCCCUCUGCCGACCUCUGCCUCUCCUUCUGGUUCCACGCCCCGUCCCACCACCGGGGGGCACUCCGCAUCACGCAGAGGAGCGGGGCCAAGGGAAAUGAGGAGGUGGAGCUUCUGUGGGCGCUGACGGGAGAGGGGGGCGGAGUCUGGAGAGAGGGGCGUGUCCUCCUGCCUCACAGAGCAGAGGCCUAUCAGGUGGUGUUUGAAGGCCUGGCUCCCUCACACGCUUUCGGACACGUGGCGGUGGACAACAUUCAGAUCCUGGACGGUCUGGAGCCGCAGGACUGCAGAGACCCAGAGGUCCCCACAGCGUCACCAGACCAGAUCCUCAUCCUGCCCAUGGACUCGUCGGCGCACAGCGAGCUCGGCGCUCCGGGGAACAUGCUGCGGACGCUGGACCCCAUCCUCAUCACCAUCAUCGCCAUGUCGGCCCUCGGCGUGUGCGUGGGCGCGGUCUGUGGCGUGCUGCUCUACUGUGCCUGCGCCCAGAGCCUCGGCGCGCGCAACAACGUGUCCGCGCUACAGAACUACAACUUUGAGCUGGUGGACGGCGUCAAGCUAAAGAGCGACAAGCUAGCACAGGCAGAGAACUACAGCGAGGCAGUGGCGGUGGGCGGGGCCGGACUGGCGGUGGGCGGGGCCAGACUUUGGUCCAGUCGCGGGUGGACUCUCGUACAACACGAGAUGGACGCUCUGCUGCUCUGCUUCUGCGUCUCUCUGCUCCUCGGACUUUCUGGAGCUCAGAAAGAGGGCAGUGACUGUAUCAAAGCCAACGCUCAGUCGUGUGGCGAGUGUAUCCAGGUGUCAGAAGCCUGCGGCUGGUGCUCCGACGAGUCUUUCCUGAGCGUCGGCGAGGCCAAGUCUGCUCGCUGCGACGACCUGCAGUCUCUGUCCGAGCGCCAGUGUCCUCCAGACAAGAUCGAGAACCCGCGCGGCAGCAUCACCAUAGACCGCAACCAGCCCGUCACCAACCGCAAGAAGGACUCCCCCGAGAAGCUCAAGCCGGAGCAGAUCACCCAGAUCCAGCCCCAGAAGCUCACCCUCACCCUCAGAUCAGGAGAGCCACAGACCUUCUCGCUAAAGUUCAAGCGAGCGGAGGACUACCCCAUCGACCUGUACUACCUCAUGGACCUGUCCUUCUCCAUGAAAGACGAUCUGGAGAACGUGAAGAACCUGGGCACGCUGCUGAUGAAGGAGAUGCAGGCCAUCACCUCGGACUUCCGCAUCGGUUUCGGUUCGUUCGUGGAGAAGACCGUGAUGCCGUACAUCAGCACCACGCCGGCGCGGCUCCUGAACCCGUGCACCGGGAACCAGAACUGCACCAGUCCCUUCAGCUACAAGAACGUCCUGAGUCUCACCGACCGCGGGGACCAGUUCAACCACCUGGUGUCCCAGCAGCAGAUCUCAGGGAACCUGGACUCACCAGAAGGAGGCUUCGACGCCAUCAUGCAGGUGGCAGUGUGCGAGGAGCAGAUUGGCUGGAGGAACGUGACCCGGCUGCUGGUGUUCUCCACUGACGCAGGUUUCCAUUUUGCCGGAGACGGAAAACUUGGCGGAAUCGUUCUUCCCAACGACGGGAAGUGUCACCUGGAGAACAACAUGUACACCAUGAGUCACUACUAUGAUUACCCUUCCAUCGCUCAUCUGGUCCAGAAACUCAGCGACCACAACAUCCAGACCAUCUUUGCCGUGACAGAUGACUUCCAGCCGGUUUACCAGGAGCUGAAGAACCUGAUCCCAAAGUCUGCAGUGGGAAUUCUGUCGUCCGACUCCAAGAACGUGGUCGACCUGAUCAUCGACGCCUACAACUCGUUGUCCUCUGAGGUGAUCCUGGAGAACAGCAGACUUCCUGAAGGCGUGUCCAUCUCCUACACGUCUCUGUGUAAGAACGGAGCUCAGUCCACGGGCGAAAACGGACGCAAGUGUUCCAACAUCUCCAUCGGGGACGAGGUGUCCUUCCAGAUCUCCAUCAGGGCGAAGAAGUGCCCGGAGGACGGCAGAGCGGAGGUGAUAAAGAUCAAACCUCUGGGCUUCAACGAGGAGGUGGAGGUGGUGCUGAACUUCAUCUGUGAGUGCGAGUGCUCUGCGGGCGGAGAGAAGAAGAGCAGCAAGUGCCACGAGGGAAACGGGACCUUCGAGUGCGGCGCCUGCAAGUGUAACGAGGGUCGCAUCGGGCGGCUGUGCGAGUGCAGCAAAGACGAGGUGCGCACUGAGGACCUGGACGCCAACUGUCGCCGGGACAACGGGACGGACAUCUGCUCCAACAACGGAGACUGCGUGUGCGGAACCUGCGAGUGCAAAAAGAGAGAGAACCCCGCCGAGGUCUACAGCGGCACUUACUGCGAGUGCGACAACUUCAACUGUGAUCGCUCCAGCAACAAGCUGUGUGGAGGACACGGCCGAUGCGAGUGCCGGAAGUGCAUCUGUGACGCCAACUACACCGGCAGCGCGUGCGACUGCUCUCUGGACCAGACGUCGUGUUUGGCCAAGAACGGUCAGAUCUGCAACGGGAGGGGCUCAUGUGAGUGCGGCAUCUGCAAAUGUACCGACCCCAAGUUCCAAGGCCCGACCUGCGAGCUGUGCCCCACGUGCCCCGGAGUGUGCGCCGAACACAAGGACUGUGUGCAGUGCCGGGCCUUCGACACGGGUGAGAAGAAGGAGUCUUGUGAGCGCGACUGCAAUUACUUCUCCAUGAUCAAAGUGAAGGACAGCAGCAGUCUGCCUCAGCCCACCGACCAGACCUUCCCCCUCACCCACUGCAAGGAGCGCGACCAGAACGACUGCUGGUUCUACUUCACCUACAGCGUCCGCAACAGCACCAACGAGGUGUACGUGGUGGAGAAACUGGAGUGCCCGCCGGGUCCUGACAUCAUCCCCAUCGUCCUGGGCGUGGUCGCGGGCAUCGUGCUGAUUGGGCUGGCGCUGCUGCUGAUCUGGAAGCUGCUGAUGAUCAUCCACGACCGCCGCGAAUUUGCCAAGUUCGAGAAGGAGAAGCUGAACGCCAAGUGGGACACGGGAGAAAACCCCAUCUACAAAAGUGCAGUGACCACUGUGGUGAACCCCAAAUAUGAGGGCAAAUAA